AUGUCGUUUUCAAACGUUCAAGGUUCACCCGCCAGCUUCUCCCACAUCUCGUGGGGAGGUCACGAUCUUCAGACCCAACAACACCAAAAGCUGAACGCAGGCAUGAUAACCCAGCAGGUCGUUACGCCAAAUCAGAUGAUAACACAUGCACUAUUAGCUACACAACCGGCACAAUCGAACGUACCGGUCUUUUUGCACGGUCGAUUAAAAGUACGUACCAGCGCGGAAGAAGCAGCCCGCAAGAAGCUUGAACAGCAACAGAAGGUUAAAAUGUUCCGUGCGGCAAUGAGUCGCAUUUUCGAGAAGAAAUCGGCGCAGGAAUAUGACACCGAAAUGAUGGAAAUCACGGCAAAACUGUUGGGAAGCAACCCGGACAUAGCGACUCUGUGGAAUUUGCGCCGAAUGUGCAUUCUGGCGUUGAAAGACUCGAACGUUGAAGAUAUUCAAAGAGUUUUUGAUAACGAUCUUGGCUUUACGGAAAUGUGUCUCAUGGUAAACCCAAAAUCAUACUGCGCGUGGCACCAUCGUUGCUGGAUACUAGAAAAUACUCCUACAGCCGAUUGGCAAAAGGAGGUAGACUUAUGCACAAAGUAUCUAAAGCUGGACGAGCGCAAUUUUCACUGUUGGGAUUAUCGACGAUAUGUAGUCCAAAAUGCAAAGGUAACUCCGCAGAAGGAGUUCACAUUCUGCACGGAAAAGAUCGAGAAGAACUUUUCCAACUAUUCCUCGUGGCAUUAUAGAAGCAAACUGCUGCCGGUACUCUAUCCCCACAUGGAUGAUCCGAGUCGUCCCAUAAGCGAAGAAAAGUUGAAGGAAGAGCUAGAACUGGUCCUUACGGCAGCCUUCACCGAUCCUAACGAUAGCAGUGCUUGGUUUUAUCAACGGUGGUUGCUUGGUUACUCGCAACCUGAGCUAGAUCUAGCAGCUUGUCGCAUCGAUUCGAAGCAAAACCUUGCGGUACUGUCUUUUAGUGUACCGAUCGAUCUAGCUGCGGGUGGAUUCGAAUUGCUCGUACCGUGCUGUGAUAUAUGCAACGAUACCACCAAAUGGAUGCCGGCAAAUGAAGGAAACACUUUUGAUACAACUUGGAUCAUGAAAGGUUCGUUCGUAGUGAAUGAAGAAUGUGAUGCAACUGUAACGCUUCUCACGCCAGAUAAAGCCAAACACGUUCUCAACCUGCAAAUCGCAUCCCGGGACUGUGCGGUCGGAGUUAAGAAACCAAAGUUCGGCUACGAAUUCGGGUCAGCCAUCGUAGACGUGUUGAAAGCACAACUUGCAUCUUGCCAAGAACUGUUAGAAUAUGAACCAGACAGCAAAUGGACGCUGCUUACGGCUGCGCUACUAAUGAAAGCGAUCGAUCGUCGCGGAUAUUACGAAACCAUUCGUCAGCAUCUGGCAAAAUUGGAGACGGUAGAUGCGCUUCGAAAAGGAUAUUAUCUUGAUCUUGCCAGCAAAUGGUGCAUCGAAAACAGGUUAGAAGAAUGGAUCGAGGCAGGAAAUUUGUGCUCAGAAAUUAAGCUAUCCGGUAUGCAGCUAACCGUGGUGAAUUAUGUGCAAUAUUUCGUCACAGCUGAUGCUCUUAACUUAAGCACCAAUCAGCUAAUUGAUCGCAAUUUAGGUGUAUUAGGUGGGCUGGUGUUCUGUAGAAAGCUGAAUUUAGCGAACAAUGCAUUAGAAACGGGUGUUACGGUAAAAAAGUUACCGUUUGUGCAUGAAAUUAUACUAAAAGGUAAUGAGCAGCUUGCUGGAAACGAAACAGUGGUGGAAGAAUUGCGAACCAAAGUAAAGCACUUGGUGCUUUAA